CACUGCACACCUGUCUCUACACCGUCCAUGUCCAAAGGCCAUAAGAACACUGACCACUCAUGUGGCCGCCUUAAGUGUGGUACCAGUGGCACAUCUGCCCUUCUCUUUGUGGCCGACACAUCUCUUCUGCUCCGCAUCUUUAACCCACCCCAGAAGGACUCUCAUGCCUGGCGCACUGACACUCCUCCAUAACCCAUCGGAUCGGGACAGCCCUGAUUGUUUGAAUGGGGCUCCCCGCGACGUCUGGCACCACCUGUUCACUCUGUGCUUCGAUCAAGACCAGGAAGACGGCGUUCUCAAUUUGAUGUUCACGUGUCGGUACCUGCAUGAAAUCGGCGUCAAGUUUCUGUAUUCUCAAGUGAACAUGUUCCCCAGCCAGCAUGGGACAUUGCUUCAAUACAACAACAGCAAAUCCCUCAAUGUGUCCGACUAUUUGCUCAAGCACCGCGAUGUGAUGAGAGAUGUCAAACUCCUCUGCGCCUUGGAGCCGUUUCUUCCUCGAUUCAGUUUUGUGUCAACUCUUCCAUUCCUGCGCAGUUUGACCCUUGUUCGCCUCAAGAUCACCGAAGAUGUUCACAGCUUGCUCCUCGACAUUCCCAUUUUUUCAUCUAUCUGUUUCCGCCGUUGCUCGAUUGGACCUGGUAGCAAGCUAUCCGAAAUGCCUGUCCGAACCCAUGCGGGCCUCCAAUGCCUAGAAAUCUACAGGAUGAUUGUCCGGACCCAAAUCCCUUUCGCAACCGGUGCCAGGGACAUCGCACUCCAAGAGUAUCUGCCAUUUUGGUCCGCAUGGCUUGGUCCUUCUCUUCAAGCCAUCGAUUUUGAAGAACCUAUCAUUUUUGGAUAUGGCCGUAAGCGCAAUGCUCAGUUCGGAUAUCUGGAUUCUUUGGAGCCCUUGUUUGCAGUAAUGCCAACCACGAUCAUGCAUAUGCGGUUUACAAAAGCGAUCUAG